AAAAAAUAAUAAUAAUAAAUUAUCACAAAAUAUGGUCCAUAUGAUACGAAAAGUCUUACUUUUUCAGCUGGACCAGUCCAAAGCUGUCAGCUAAAAUACAAAAAUCCCAUUUAUCCUAAAUAUUGCCAGAUAAUUAUGAUCGAUGAAGCUCCUCGCCGGAAUCCUCUUUGCCGGCUUGCUCCUUACCGGAGCCCUCCCCGCCGCCGAAGGCCAGAGCUGCCGCCGCGGCUGCGAUCUCGCGCUGGCCUCCUACUACGUGUGGCGCGGAUCGGACCUGACAUUAAUCUCCCAGGUGACCCAAACCCCAAUCGAGACGAUCCGCGCCUUCAACCCUCAGAUCGCCAACCAGGACAGCGUGCUGGCCGACACGCGCGUCAACAUCCCCUUCCGCUGCGACUGCCUUACCCUCGGCAACGCCGCCCCGUUCCUCGGCCACGUCUUCACCUUCACGACCAGGCCGAACGUCACCUACAACACCAUCGCCGAGACCUCCUACUCGAACCUGACCACCGCCGAUGAGCUGCAGAGGUUCAACAGCUACCAGGCCUGGAACAUCCCGGACACGGGGGUCCUGCUAAACGUGACGGUGAACUGCAGCUGCGGGAAUCGGGACGUGUCGCUCGAUUACGGGCUGUUCGUGACUUAUCCGUUGAGGGCAGGGGAGAGCUUGGAGACGGUGGCUAGUGCGAGUAAUUUGAGUGCCGAUUUGGUGCGCAGGUAUAAUCCGACGGCCAAUUUCAGUGCCGGCAGAGGGUUGGUGUAUAUUCCGGGCAGAGGUUUAUCAGCUGGAGCUAUAGCUGGGAUAUCAGUUGCAGGAGUAGCUGCUUUAUUGUUAUUUUCAGGUUGCUUAUAUAUGGGAUUACAAAGGAGGAAGAAUGCACGGAAAAUUCGAUUGCUCUCUACAGUACCUGAAGAUCAGUCGCAACAAGCUGAUGGCACUAGCUUCAAAGCACCAGACUCUGCUGCUACUCUUGCGGGCAUUAGCGUUGACAAAUCUGUUGAGUUCUCAUAUGAAGAACUUGCAAACGCAACUGAUGACUUCAGCAUUGCAAAUAAGAUUGGUCAAGGUGGGUUCGGUGCUGUCUACUACGCCGAGCUCCGAGGCGAGAAAGCGGCUAUAAAGAAAAUGGAUAUGGAAGCUAGCAAAGAAUUUCUUGCUGAAUUGAAUGUUUUGACACGUGUUCAUCACCUCAACCUGGUGCGCUUGAUUGGAUAUUGUGUCCAGAGCUCACUUUUUCUUGUGUAUGAAUACAUCGAGAAUGGAAAUUUAAGUCAACAUCUCAGAGGUUCAGGAAGGGAACCACUGCCAUGGUCAACCAGGGUACAAAUUGCUCUAGACUCAGCGCGCGGCCUUGAAUAUAUUCACGAACACACUGUCCCAGUUUACAUCCAUCGUGAUAUCAAGUCAGCAAAUAUUUUGAUAGACAAGAAUUUCCACGGGAAGGUAGCGGACUUUGGUUUGACGAAACUAACUGAAGUUGGAAAUAGUUCGCUGCCAACUGGCCGACUUGUGGGUACAUUUGGUUACAUGCCUCCUGAGUAUGCACAGUACGGUGAUGUUUCUCCUAAAGUCGAUGUGUUUGCUUUCGGGGUUGUCCUUUACGAGUUGAUCUCAGCUAAGGAAGCCAUAGUCAAGGACAACAGUUCUGGUGUUGACUCGAGGGGCCUUGUUGCUUUAUUCGAAGACGCUUUUAGAAAUCCCGACGAGAUCGAAGAACUGAUCAAGCUGGUUGACCCUCGCCUUGGAGAUAAUUACCCCCUUGACUCUGUCCAAAAGGUGGCACAACUGGCGAGGGCUUGUACUCACGAGGAUCCUCAACUGCGGCCGAGCAUGAGAUCAAUUGUGGUGGCAUUGAUGACUCUAUCAUCCUCGACUGAGGAUUGGGAUGUCGGCUCUUUCUACGGGAAUCGGGGCCUUUUAAAUCUAAUGUCCGGUAGGUAGCAAGCAGCUCGAAAAGUUCGAGCUUGUGCGGGCCCACUCGGAAUCUUCGGCUCCUUUGACACGUGUCAGGCUACUAGGUGAUAUACGGAUGUGUAGUGUGUACGAAGUACAGUACAAUUCAGUGUGUAUGUAUGUAAUGUAGUAGUAUAUUUAUGGUACGAGUUUAUUUUGCUAGCUUGUUUGUUACUUACUUUUGUUUCGGUUUGUACGUGGUCUUUCCUUUUUUUCCAUAAAAAUAAAUUUAAUGAUAAAUAAGUUGCUGAUUUUUUAAGAUUUUUGUAUCUCAAUUGAAUUCCUUUGAGCUUUGAGCUGAGUCACGGUGAACGCAAAUACUCAAUCAACUAUCAAGUCAAUAAAUUACUGGCGUAUUGCUUUAUCAGCAAAAUAAAAGUCAGCAAAG